AUGACUUCUACCAUCGAUCCAAAAACCAUCGGCAGGCCUGUGCGUCCUCGCAGACAUGUCAGGACCUUGACCGGCUACUUCCCGGAGAUAGACGAAACUGGAAAAGAGAAGUGGCCGAAAGGCGAUGAGAAGAUAUGGAAGGCUGGUAUGCGUGGUGUCGACACCGAUGUUGCUUCUAUCACCAAGUCCUUCGUUAACCAUGUUCAGACAUCGCUAGCGCGCCAGGCACAUAAUUUGGAUGACCUUGGUGCCUAUCAGGCGGCGGCGCUUUCAGUCCGGGAUAACCUGAUUCUGAAUUGGAACGAGACCCAACUCACUUAUACGCGGAAAGCCCCCAAGAGGGCAUACUACCUUUCUCUCGAAUUCUUGAUGGGUCGCACUCUCGAUAAUGCGCUUCUGAAUCUGGGUUUAAAAGAUCAAUACAGCGACGGAGUCAAGAAGCUGGGCUUCUCUAUCGAAGAUCUUUUGGAUAAGGAACGUGACGCUGCCCUUGGGAACGGCGGAUUGGGUCGUCUUGCUGCUUGUUAUCUUGAUUCGUCUGCUUCUCAGGAACUACCGGUUUGGGGCUAUGGACUGAGGUACAAGUAUGGAAUCUUCCAACAGCUUAUCUCCCCUGAAGGAAACCAGUUGGAGGCUCCGGACCCAUGGCUGGACAACCAGAAUCCUUGGGAGCUUCCUCGUCUGGAUGUAGCCUACGAAGUCCGAUUUUACGGGCAAGCGGAGCGUUUGAACGAUGGCACUCCUCGUGCCUCAUGGACAGGAGGUCAAGAAGUCCUCGCUGUUGCGUACGACGUCAUGAUUCCUGGAUGUUAUACCAAGACUACGAAUAACUUGAGACUUUGGGAAAGCAAGCCCAAACGAGGAUUCGAUUUGAACUCCUUCAAUGCGGGUAACUAUGAGGGUGCGGUUGAGUCGUCCAACAGUGCCGCCGCCAUUACCUCUGUUUUGUAUCCUAAUGACCAUACCACUUUCGGAAAGGAGCUGCGCUUGAAGCAGCAAUACUUUUGGACCGCUGCUAGUUUGGCUGAUAUAUUAAGGCGAUUCAAAAACCUCGGUAAACCGAUCACGGACAUCCCUGACUACAUCGCAAUCCAACUCAAUGAUACGCACCCGACUCUUGCGAUACCCGAACUCAUGCGUAUCCUGAUUGACGACGAGGACUUGGAUUGGGACAAGGCCUGGAAUAUCGUGAAUAACACUGUUUUCUAUACCAAUCACACUGUAUUACCCGAAGCACUAGAGAAAUGGCCGGUUCCAUUAAUGGAGCAUGUGUUACCAAGGCACAUGCAAAUCAUCUAUGACAUUGUAAACCUAACGCGCUUCUUUAGAUUCUUCUUGCAAGCUGUUGAGAGGAAAUUCCCUGGCGACCGAGACAGACUGAGCCGAAUGUCUCUGAUUGAAGAGGGGUUCCCUAAGCAAGUCCGAAUGGCGCAUCUGGCCUGCAUCGCAGGAAGCAAGAAAGUCAACGGUGUUGCCGAGUUACAUAGCGACCUUGUCAAAACUACUAUCUUGAAGGAUUUCGUUGAGUUCGAAGGCAUCAGCAAGUUCGGCAACGUAACAAACGGAAUUACUCCGCGACGAUGGCUUGAUCAGUGUAACCCCGAGCUCAGUGACCUCAUCUCCAAGACGUUAAAGGUUGAGAAGAGCGUAUGGUUGAAGAAUCUCGACAAGCUCGAGGGUCUUCUGCCUUUCGCUGAGGAUGCUCGGUUCCGAAAGGAAUGGGCUGCAGUGAAGCAGCGCAACAAAGAGCGGCUGGCGAAUUAUGUCCAGACGACUCUUGGGCUCACUAUCAACACCCAUGCUAUGUUUGACGUCCAAAUUAAGCGUUUACAUGAGUACAAGCGCCAAACUUUGAACAUCCUUGGUGUCAUCCACCGAUACCUGACCUUGAAAGCCAUGACUCCGGAAGCACGCAAGAAGGUCAAUCAUCGUGUCGUGUUCUUCGCUGGCAAGGCGGCCCCAGCUUAUUACAUUGCCAAACUUACCAUUCGAUUGAUCGUUAACGUUGCUCGCAUCAUCAACGCUGACCCGGACACUAAGGAAUAUCUCACUGUUUAUUUCAUCCCAGAUUACUCUGUGUCGGUCGCAGAGGUGCUAAUCCCGGCUUCGGACAUUAGUCAACAUAUCUCAACAGCUGGAACUGAGGCUUCGGGUACUUCCAACAUGAAAUUCUGCCUGAACGGAGGCCUACUUGUGGGUACCGUUGAUGGUGCUAACAUUGAAAUCGCUGAAUCUGUUGGCGAGAGCAACGUUUUCUUCUUUGGUCACUUGACGCCGGACGUCGAGGAUCUACGAUACCAACACAUGUACCAUCCCGUCCCGAUUGAAGAGAAAUGCCCGGCACUGGCCAAUGUUCUCAACAAGAUCACCGAGGGCAUGUUUGGAGAUGGAAGCGUUUAUGAACCUCUCCUCAACACCAUUAGACAAAUUGAUUACUAUCUGAUAACCGACGACUUUGAUUCAUACAUUGCGGCGUUGGCGAUGGUUGACGAGGCCUAUCUCGACAAGACGGAAUGGAUCAAGAAAUCGAUCAGGACCGUGGCCAAGAUGGGAAAAUUCAGCUCCGAUCGGGCGAUUCUCGAGUAUGCUGAGAGCUAUUGGAACUUGGAAGCCGUUUCUGUUGCCAAGUAG